AUGUCAUCUGCGGAACUUUCUUCAGAAGCGCCGAAAUUUGCACCACGAUUUGUGCACAAAGGCUUCCAAUUUGUUGAUCCUUCUCUAAAUUUUGAGAUACCGGCAUUCAUUUGCUGCGAUGGAAGGCACGAUGUUGGCAUGUAUGAUCUGAAUAUGACUGAUUCAUUUGAUCUUUCUGUCAUGGACCGAGUUUUUUCUUCAGGAAAGUCACUAUCUCCAAGCAAAAAAUGCCGAUACGGAUUUGAAGAGAGAAAGGAAAACAUGAUGCCAGAAAAGCAGCAGCAUAUUGUCGAGAAUCGAAAUGCAUGGAAAUUUCAUACCGAAGAUCAAUAUACUGACGACAAGAGUCAACCCAAUAGCCCGGUGCAAAGAAUCUCUCACUCAACAAGCAAUGAAGACUAUGUUUAUGAACCUGCUGGUGAAACGUUUGAGGCAUCGUUCAAUAACGAUCAAAUGAUACUAACGGAUCCUUUGGAGAUGGACUAUCAAAAACCUCAUUGUUCCAAGAAUCGUGUGGAUGACGAUCUUUGCUUCCUUGGUGAAUUUAAGGCGUCAAAUAAUAAUAUCCUGUCAAAACCGUCGCAAAAAGUAUCAGUGAAGGAUGUUACAAUGCCCUCGUCAUCUGCUGACAACAUACAGCAAGAACGAAAAGAUAUGCAUGGACAAUUUCGGGGAUUGUUGAAGGACGACAGCGAAUUUUUCGAAGAUGAAACUCGAAUUCUUGGUCCGAACUUGCGAAUCCGUAUGUUCUCUACCCUGAAAGAAAAGUUUGGAUUCAACACAUUUCGGCAUCGUCAGAAGCAAGCAAUCACUGCAAUCUUAGCCGAACACGACACUUUUGUGCUUAUGCCAACGGGCGCCGGCAAAAGCUUGUGCUAUCAGCUACCAGCGCUUCUUUCAUCAGGUGUAACUGUUGUUGUAUCGCCUUUGAGAUCUCUGAUUGAAGACCAGUGUAUAAAACUGAAAUCUUUGGAUAUUGCCAGCGAAGCAUUGACAGCUGAUUUGACCGAAAAUGAUGCUUUUCUUAUCUAUAACCGACUUUCCAUAGACCCUCCCGACAUCAAGCUCCUGUAUGUCACACCAGAGAAGAUAGCCGCUUCCGCCAAAUUGUUAGCUAUUUUUUCUUCUUUGCAUCGACGGGGUUAUCUUUCACGAUUUGUCAUUGAUGAAGCACAUUGUGUUUCCCAGUGGGGUCAUGAUUUCCGCCCAGAUUAUGCUCGCCUGAUGAGUCUACGAGAGACCUACAAAACUCCAUUGGUGCCUAUCGUUGCGCUCACAGCAACGGCAACACCUAGAACCAUAGUGGAUACUCGAAAUCAUCUUGGAAUCCCUCAUGCUAAAUUGUUCAUCAGCAGCUUUGUCCGUUUUAAUCUAAAAUACGAUGUUGUGCCGAAAAAUGCAAAAAAAGCUACUACAAUUGUUCAAAAAAUGAAGCAGCUUUAUCCAGGAAAAGCCGGAAUCAUUUAUUGUUUAUCACGAGCUGAAUGCGAAAAGGUGGCUAUGAUGCUCCAGAAAGAAGGCAUUUCGGUUGACAUUUAUCACGCUGGCUUAGCCAAUUCAAAACGAAUCGAGGUUCAACACAAAUGGCUCGCGAACAAAUUUGACGUAAUUUGUGCGACUAUCGCAUUUGGUAUGGGUAUUGACAAGCCUGAUGUGCGUUUUGUAAUACAUUACAGCAUGCCAAAAUCUAUUGAAGGAUACUAUCAGGAAACCGGACGUGCUGGAAGAGAUGGGCUGCCAAGUUAUUGCUGCUUGCUUUACUCCUAUCAGGAUUCAUUGAGAUUGCGGAAAAUGGUCGAAAGCGACGAUACGACGGUUGGAGCACGCCAAAUGCAUUUACAAAGCAUCAAUCAAAUGGUUCAAUAUUGUGAAUCUAUCGCAAGAUGCCGAAGAAAGAUUCUAGUUGAACACUUUGGCGAGGUAUAUGACGCGGCAGCGUGUGCUGCAUCGACUACUCCAUGCGAUGUGUGUGAACAUUUGAACAAAAAUCCAGAUAGUUACAAAAUGUACGAUUUAUCAGAUGAAGCGACGCGAAUUCUAAAGACCCUUUCAAGAAUCAAAGCACUUACAGUUACGCAAAUUGCACAGAUCUAUCGUGGAGUUGGACAAGGACGAGGAAAAAAGACCAAAAACGAAUCGGGUGGAGAUUCGACCUCAUACGCGCCUACUGAAACUUCAACUCUACCAAUAUAUGGAAGAGGAAAGACGAUGAGUGAACAGGAUGCUCUUCGCUUCAUGCAUGCCCUGAUCUUUGAGGGAUAUCUGCAUGAUCGUCUUUAUGUCACAAAAAUGGGAUCAACAGUUGCGUAUGUUGAUCUAACUACUAAAGGACGUGCUGUAGCUAAUAAUUCGUGUAGUGCAAAGAUUUAUAUGCAUUUUGCGCAUGACGAUGAAAGCAAGAAGAAGUCGAAAAAAGAUGAUGCGAAUGUGGCCAUCAAUAUGGUUUUAGUUAGCGAGGCCGAAGUGUUGAAAGAAAAGUAUUUGAUUAAACACAGCGAUAUUUUUGUUCGCUGUUUGAAAACUUUACGAGAAAUGAUUGAGCAAUUGGCUGUUGAGAGGAACGUUUCCAGUUCGGCAAAUAUCAUGUCGCAUGAGGGGUUAGAGCAGCUUGCCGCUGUGAUGCCACGCACCAAUACCGAACUUCUCAAGAUUGAUUCGAUGAAUGAACUCAAGGUCGCAAGAUAUGGUGGACCAAUUAUGGAAAUGCUAAAGCCUUUCUGGAAUGAAGUCGACGCCCGUGAGCAACUCGAUAUUCAAAGCCAACUGGAUCAAAUGAAAAAUGGUCAAAUGGUGCUAGGCGGCUUUAAAUCACCGCCAAGAACAGAGAUUGAUGGACUUUCACAAAGAGGAAAUAGUGCCUUUCGAGGGAGAUUCCAAAGAGAACGAGAUCGGGGCAUAUCAAAGAGAGUUGCUGUAAAGCCGGCUACACCAAAAAAGAAGACUACAAAGGUUUCCAAUAAAGCAUUUUUCCCUAUG